GCUGGUCUUGAAUGCCUGACUUCCAGUGAUCUGCCCGCCUCGUUGGAGAUUUUAUUUGCAGUCAUGUUGAGGGUAGGGAGUGGAGGCUGCAGGGAGGUAGUGGGCAGAUGAGAAGAGUCUUAAAGUCCGUGCCAGGGCAUUGUGCAUUUUUGCCCAAGGAGAUGGGAGGAGCACUAGAACGAAAUCUCACCGGCCAAAGCAAUAAGACAAGAAAAAGAAAAGGUAGUAGAACCAGUAAAAAUCAGAGAGAAGGGGCCCUAAACUGCUGGUGCUGCUUUAGAAGAUUCCGGUGCCUGGGGAUGUAGGAGCUGAUGUCUGUCUAUCUUCUCCCCAGACAGACCCUGAAAACACAGACUACACCAUGGAGCACGGAGCCACGCGGAAUUUCCAGGCUGAGAAGCUCCUGGAAGAGGAGGAGAAGAGGGUGCAGAAGGAGCGGGAGGAUGAGGAGCUGAACAACCCCAUGAAGGUGCUGGAGAACCGGACCAAGGACUCCAAGCUGGAGAUGGAGGUGCUGGAGAACCUCCAGGAACUGAAAGACCUGAACCAGCGGCAGGCACACGUGGACUUUGAGGCCAUGCUGCGGCAGCACCGCCUGUCCGAGGAGGAGCGGCGGAGGCAGGAGCAGGAAGAGGACGAGCAGGAGACCGCAGCCCUGUUGGAGGAAGCCAGAAAGCGAAGACUGCUGGAGGACUCCGACUCAGAGGAUGAGGUUGCUCCUGCGCCCCUGCAGCCAGCCCUUCGGCCCAACCCCACUGCCAUCCUGGACGAGGUGAGGGGGGCUGCCUGAGUCCCGGGGACUCCCAGGUGAACUAGCGACAGCUGAAGCCAGGGGUCAG